GUCCGCACUUGCGCAGUGUGUACACAGCGGCGGCUGAAGUUAAAGGAAUGAUGGCGUCCUCGGCGGUCCGCAGCUCCACACGCUGGAUUACUGUUGUCGUGUCCUCUGGACGUCGACGAGCUAGCGGUAGUUUUCUGUGCUCGUCACACGCAGGGCUCCGCACUGUCUCUACCCUGGGAGCGCAAAAGCGAUGGCCGGGAGGGAGCCCGGGCUGCGGCGGGACAGGACAUGCCUUGACAUUGAGAGGGCUGUCGGUUCCAGGUAUCAAAUCACCCUAUACUGUCUGCACACUGUCCUUUCACACAAGUGCCCCUGCCAGCAACAAGCAGGACUUUUACCAGAUCCUGGGUAUACCUCGGACAGCAACCCAGAAAGAGAUCAAGAAAGCUUACUAUCAGAUGGCCAAAAAGUACCACCCUGAUACCAACAAAGAUGACCCACAGGCCAAGGAGAAAUUUGCUCAGCUGGCUGAGGCUUAUGAGGUCUUAAGUGAUGAGGUAAAGAGGAAGCAGUACGAUACGUAUGGCUCUGCUGGGUUUGACGCUGGCCAGGCUGGUGGUCGCCAGCAGUACUGGAGCGGACAGGCGAGCAGUGUGGACCCAGAGGAGCUUUUCCGCAAGAUCUUUGGGGAAUUUUCUGGAGGCCGUGGCUUUGGGGAUUUCGGUGCCAUAUUUGAUCAACCACAGGAGUACAUCAUGGAGCUGACGUUCACUCAGGCAGCAAAAGGGGUCAACAAAGAGAUGUCAGUUAAUUUAGACACAACCUGCCAGCGCUGUGAUGGCAAGGGCCACGAGCCUGGCACCAAGGUGCAGCACUGCCACUACUGCAACGGCUCAGGCAUGGAGACAGUGAAUACUGGCCCGUUUGUGAUGCGCUCUACAUGCCGUCGGUGCGGUGGCAAAGGUACAGUCAUCGCCACGCCCUGUCACUCCUGCCAUGGAACGGGACAGACCAAGCAGAGGAAGACUGUGAUGGUGCCUGUGCCUGCAGGAGUGGAGGACGGUCAAACGGUCAGAAUGCCCAUCGGCAAGAAAGAGGUUUUCAUCACGUUUCGGGUCCAGAAAAGUCCUGUAUUCAGGAGGGAUGGUGCAGAUGUCCACUCUGACGUGUUCGUUUCUGUGGCCCAAGCCAUCCUGGGCGGCACAGCCAGAACACAGGGCCUCUACGAAACACUCAAUUUAUCAAUCCCUGCAGGCAUCCAGACAGACCAGAGGAUCCGUCUGUCUGGGAAGGGAAUCGCUCGUGUCAGCGGCUAUGGCUUUGGAGACCACUACAUCCAUGUCAAAAUCAAAGUGCCCAAAACACUGACAGACAGACAGAGAGCUCUGCUGAUGAGCUACGCUGAGGACGAGACGGACGUGGAGGGGACAGUGAACGGUGUCACUGUCACCACCACAGGUGGGGGCAGCAGUGGUAAGCGGUCUGAGGCAGGUCAAAGCAGGCAAGAGAAGGAAGGAGAGAUGAAACAGGAGGGGGGCUUCUUCUCCAAAUUAAAGAAAUUGUUUAGUUCCUCCUGACAGUCACAAACCAGGUAAAAGAUUUACUGGGAACUGAGCUGCUCCAUCAGAGGGUCGAAGGUAGAGUGAGGACACCCCGAAGAGAGGACAGCCACAUGAGCAAGAGAGAGAGGGUCAGAGGAUUCAGGCCUGUUGGGUGUUGGCUGAGGCGUAGGGGGGUUUUGAACUGACCAAUACAGACCUACCAACCCGGCCCUGCAGUCAUUUUCUAAGAGUGAACAACAAACUGAGGAUAACUUACUCUGUUCUUCUGACUAAAAGUGAAUCCACGCACAAGAGGACGUUCCAUCACACCAAAUCUUUGAGUCCCCUGUCCGUUAAAUGCCCACCCUUGCCAUUUUGCAGCAAAGACUUGUCACUCCUAAGAACAGCCUGUGCAUAUUGUUCUGUUCUGCUGUCAGUGAUUGCCAAAGCCCAACAUGGUGAUGAUAAUAGAAUCCACGUGCACAGAAAUAAAUUAUUCAGUUGACAAAGACCGCAGAUAAAGUAAAAUGUUUUCUUUUAAAUGAAACCUCCUAACAUGGAAAUGUUAUUGAUGGGUUUGUUCUACUUUAUAUGCUAUAUUUUGACCUGUGUGUGUGUUUUCAGGAUGCUUGAAGUUCUCCAUUGUUGGAACCCUCAGCACUGUCAGUCCCAACAGAUUAAACCUUAUCAGACUACGAGUUUACCUUUGAGAUCAAGUGUUAGAGAAUGUAGAAGAGUAUCUUAAGUGGACAAAUGGUCUCCUGUCCCUGACCAAGGACUGUAGUAGUGAAAUUUAGAGCUUAGCUCAGGCUUUCCUGUAAUGUGAAGUCAUGGGCUCUGCUCUGCCCCUCUAACCUUUCUCAUACAAUUAAUUCAGAAUCACAGACUUAAAGGUAACCAUACUCUGCAUCAUCAGUACAUUUGUAUGUAGACACUUGUGGGUCAUGCAGCUGUAUAAAUGUGUCAUGUUGAAGAGAGAUACUGUACAUCUAUAAUAAAGCUAUUGUCGAGAGAG